UUCCUACGUCAAUGUUAUCAAGUUGAGUUUUCUCUACUCUUAUUUUGUGGUCGUGACGUGUGGGAGUUAUGAGGUUAUAUUCAGCUGGUUUAUUAAUUUAAUAAACCAAGUUCUGAAGCAUUGCAUGUAAGCAUAAUUCUUUUUCAUCUAUUAGGAUUUUUCGUUUAAAUGCCACACGAUAAAAAGAUCUCGCGGCGUAGCCGGUCUCGUGAUCGCGAGCGCGAUCGGGAGCGGCGCGAUCGCCGGCGUAGCAGGAGCCGAUCCAAGGAUCGUAAGAAAGACAGGAAACGGUCCAGAUCGAGAGAACGGUCGCGCGAGCGCGAUAGAUCACGGGAGAGGGAUCGUGAGCGCUCGAGAGAGCGUCGGGACAUCAAGGACAGAUUCAAGGAUGAGAAGAAGCGCAAGGGUAGCCCCACAUUCACCGAAGAUGACUCGAAGAAAGACUUGAAGAGUGAUGCUAAGAAAGAGGAAGACGAGACAGAGGAGAAAGUUAAGUUGACAUCAAAGAAGGAACCAUUGAGUCUGGAGGAGCUGCUGGCCAAGAAGAAGGCGGAAGAAGAAGCUCGUGCUAAACCGAAGUUUCUCUCUAAAGAGGAACGAGCGACCUUGGCAUUAGAGAAGCGUCAGCAAGAGGUAGAGGCGAUUAGACGGCAGCAGGAGGAAGAGCGCAAGUUACUAUCCCACAACGAUACUGGCAAGGAGAGGGAAUGGGACGACAGGGACAGUAGAAGGAGAGAUGGACAACGCUCACGCGAUGAUGAUAUUAAGGAUAAGGAUAAAGAGAAAGAAGUGGAGGCUAUCAAAGAACGGUACUUAGGUCUGGUGAAAAAAAAACGGCGAGUCAGACGGCUGAACGAUAGAAAAUUUGUCUUUGAUUGGGAUACUUCAGAGGACACUUCUGUGGAUUAUAACAAUAUUUACAAGGAGAGACAUCAAGUACAAUUUUUUGGUAGAGGCAAUCUUGCAGGUAUCGAUAUUAAAGCACAGAAGCGGGAUCAGAGCAAGUUUUAUGGAGAAUUGUUAGAGAAGAGACGCACAGAGGCUGAGAAGGAGCAAGAGAAAAUGAGGUUGAAGAAAGUGAAACGAAAGGAGGAGAAGCAAAAGUGGGAUGAUCGGCAUUGGUCCGAAAAGGCCUUGAACGAGAUGACUGAACGUGAUUGGCGUAUCUUCAGGGAAGACUACAACAUCACAAUAAAGGGUGGCCGCAUUCCCGAUCCUAUCCGUUCCUGGAAGGAGUCCGGCUUCCCAAAAGAGAUCUUGGACAUUAUUGACAAAGUUGGCUAUAAGGAUCUUACGCCUAUUCAGCGACAAGCUAUUCCUAUCGGUUUGCAGAAUCGUGAUAUUAUCGGUGUCGCUGAAACUGGCUCAGGAAAGACUCUAGCUUUUCUGAUUCCUUUGUUAUUAUGGAUCACUAGCUUACCGAAAAUCGAAAGGCUCGAAGAAGCAGAUCAAGGACCCUACAGCAUUAUCUUGGCACCUACUCGUGAAUUAGCACAGCAAAUAGAAGAAGAGACUAACAAAUUCGGUCAGCCAUUGGGCAUCCGAACUGUCGUGGUGGUGGGUGGUCUAUCAAGAGAGGAGCAAGGUUUCAGAUUACGAAUGGGUUGCGAGAUUGUUAUUGCUACACCUGGCCGAUUGAUAGACGUUUUAGAAAAUCGUUAUCUCGUACUGAAUCAAUGCACUUAUAUUGUAUUAGACGAAGCCGAUAGAAUGAUCGAUAUGGGUUUUGAGCCAGAUGUUCAGAAAAUUUUGGAGUAUAUGCCUGUGACAAAUUUGAAACCAGAUAAUGAGGACGCAGAAAAUGAGGAGAAACUUUUAGCUAACUACAAUACGAAGAAGAAAUAUAGACAAACGGUGAUGUUCACCGCCACAAUGCCACCGGCUGUGGAACGACUUGCUAGGACUUACUUGAGAAGGCCGGCGGUAGUGUAUAUCGGCAGCGUCGGUAAGCCGACAGAACGCACCGAGCAGAUAGUCCACAUAAUGGGUGAAGCUGACAAGCGAAAGAAACUUAUGGAGAUACUCAGCAGAGGCGUCGAGCCGCCCGUUAUCAUAUUUGUCAAUCAAAAGAAGGGAGCGGAUGUCUUAGCGAGAGGCUUGGAAAAAUUAGGAUAUAAUGCUUGUACUCUACACGGUGGCAAAGGCCAGGAACAGCGAGAGUACGCUCUGGCAUCUCUUAAGAGUGGAAGUAAAGACAUCCUGGUGGCAACGGAUGUUGCAGGACGAGGUAUCGACAUCAAGGAUGUGUCGAUGGUUAUAAACUACGACAUGGCUAAAACUAUUGAAGAUUACACGCAUAGAAUCGGUCGAACUGGUCGUGCCGGCAAAGCUGGCCUCGCCAUUUCUUUCUGCACGAAGGACGACAGCCAUUUGUUUUAUGAUCUUAAGCAAACGAUACUCUCUAGCCCAAUAUCUACCUGCCCGCCGGAAUUGCUUAAUCAUCCAGAUGCCCAACAUAAGCCUGGAACAGUAGUCACGAAGAAGCGACGGGAAGAGAAGAUUUUUGCUUAAUCUUUCUUUGUGACUCUUCAGAUCAGAGUACUAAAACAAUUGGUAGGAAUGUGAAGAAAAUUUUGUGCAUGUGUAAAUUAGGAAUUGAAUAAUCUAAUUAUAGAGAUUCGAAGUUGUUCGAUCCUGAUAAGACGAGAAUUCAAAAAUUGAUUGGGUUUCUUAAUAAAUAAUAAUAAAUUGAUAUCCCAAAAAUGGAAAUAAAAGUUGUUUUUAUGCUAGUGAUGUAAAUAAUUAUUUCCAGUGUGCAUACAAUAAAGUUAUUUGCAUUAUAA